AUGGCCGCUGGUUCCAUGGAGAACAGUCAUCUGGCGCAGAUUGAGGCCCUGUUGGCGCCCAACUCCGCUCAGGAAUCACCCACAGUUGAAUUCAUUCCUCAGCUAUCUUACGCGCUACACCAGGUCAAAAAGGACCCAAACAGCAGCACCAACUCGCUGGAGGCUGCGACAUCCUCUAUCAGACACCGCUUGAAGCAGUGCAAGGCGCAUCUGGCCGAGAACGCCGCGUGCCGAGAACUUCUAAGCCAGACACCCGCCGAGUGGUCCAAAGUACUUGAACAAAGACAGAGAAACCUGGACGCAAAGCGUCAAGUAUUCCAGCAGCUCGAGGAACAAGUUCAGCGGCUGUGA